UUGAAAGCCGUGUCCGAAGGAGGGUAAUUAUGUGAUUAUUACUUUUAGUGCUUUUAGUGCUUAUGUGUUGGUAUUCGGUGGGUCUAGAUCGUCAAGAUAGCGCAAGAUAGGUCUAGAUUUUGCACAAAUAUGUCCAUAGCAGGAAAGCCGUUAUUUUCUUUUGUUAGAAUUAGCCAUCUUUUAAAGAGAUAUAGUUCUAGUGAAGGUAUAAAAUAUCAAGGUUUCACAUAUUACCCAAGGUUCCCGGAUGAGAAGGAUCCACCCUACGAACCUACGAAACUUCUCAUGGUACAGCGUGUGAAACCAGUGAAAGGGAAUCCAUACUGGGACAAGAAAUUGCUUAAACAUUUCGGUUUAGAUGGCAAGAAAAAUAGCAUUGCUAUUGUGAAAAACAUCCCGGAAGUUAAUGAAAAUCUGUGGAAGAUUAAACAUCUGGUGAAGAUAACGCCUAUUCAAUGCCCCAAUGGCAUGCCAGAAGAAGGUGAUUAUGAAGGGACAUAUUUGACAGAAUACGGAGAAUUUAAGGUGUCUCCUCGACUGAAGAUCGACCCAAAACAAAUUGAAGCAACAGAAACAUUUGUGAAAGAUGAAAGAAAGUUUGAUGGAGAAACUUUACGAAAACUUUUGACGCUUAAAUGGCUACAUGGUUGGUGAUAUGUAGCUUGGUGUUUGUAGAUGUAGACA